GUAAAGUCAGAGACUGRUCUCUCCUGGAGGAAAGGCUCCUUCCCUUUGUGGGGAAGUGGUUAGGGUUGCCGGCCUACCUGGGGGCAUAGGUACCCAGUGGGACCCUVAUCCCGUGAGAGGAAAGUUUCGUGUUAGUUAUUGGAGUCUACGUCAGUCAGUAAGUCAGUGUGUCCGGGUAGGUCUACGUGGUGAGGAGUGGGACCCCUGUCGUGCACCAACACCACGAUGGAUGAUUAUCCGAUGUAUGGGAUACUUGUUGGGUUCUCCCUCUGGGGGACCCUUUGGCGUCUCCUCUUCCCUCUGGGCUUUUGGCCCACUUUCACGUGUAGAGUAGGGCCCACUCGUGGUGGGACUUCCACCACCCCCUACACGAAGGAGGAGGAGGAGAAGAUGGCCGCCCUUUUACAGGAGAAAAAGGAGAAGAAGGAGGCCAAGAAGAAGGCCUUGAAGGAGGAGCAGGCGGCCAAAUUAAAAAAGAUGGAAGAAGAGAUGGCMAGGGAGAAAGAGAAGUUGAAAAAGGAAGAAGAAGAGAAGCUGAGGGAGAUGGAUGAAGAAGAGGAAGGUCCGUCACUGCAAAAGAGUAGCGGGCAGCCCAGAAGUGGUAAUGGUGGGAACCUGGAGAAGAGAAUAUCCGAGUGGGUUGCCAACCUGACUGUGGGAGAAGAGGAAGAGGUUAGUAUGUAUAUUCCGCAGGAUCAGCAAGAAGCUGCCAUGAGGGCUUGGGAUGCAGAGAAAGACCCCCUUAGACGCCAGGCGUUGGAAGAUGAGAAGAGGAUGGAGUGGAAGUUAGCAAGGCGGCAGAGGCCGCAAGGAUGAAGAGGAUGGAGAAAAAGAGGAGAGUUGACAAGGCGGCAGAGGCGGCGGAAGCACUAGAGGAAGUGAAAACGAUAGAGCAACAAUUAGCC